CGCAGAAAGCGGAAGUGAGGUGGUGCGCACGCGCGGAGGCUCGGUUGACAGUGCGGCGCCGCUCGCGGGUGAUGUUGGUGGGGGAGCGCGAGGCGGCCACCGACACCGUUACUCUGUUACAACAAUCGAUUCUAUACAAAAUAUUAAUUUGCUUCAAGGAUGGCAGAAUUUUGGUUGAUAUCUGCUCCUGGGGAGAAAACAUGUCAGCAGACUUGGGACAAAUUAAAUAGUGCAACAACAAGGAACAAUCACCUCUCCACCAACUUCAAGUUUGCAAUUCCAGAUUUGAAGGUGGGAACCUUAGAUGUUUUAGUGGGGUUGUCCGAUGAGCUGGCUAAAUUGGAUUCAUUCGUGGAGGGAGUUGUGAAGAAAGUGGCUCAGUACAUGGCUGAUGUGUUGGAAGACAGUAGGGACAAAGUGCAAGAGAACCUUUUGGCCAAUGGAGUUGACUUGGUUACCUAUAUUACAAGAUUUCAGUGGGACAUGGCGAAGUAUCCAAUCAAACAGUCGCUGAAAAACAUUUGUGAAAUCAUUGCAAAGCAAGUAACCCAAAUUGACAAUGACCUAAAAGCAAGAGCGUCAGCAUAUAACAAUCUGAAAGGAAAUUUACAGAAUCUAGAGAGGAAGAAUGUGGGAAGUUUGAUGACUAGAAGUCUAGCAGAUAUUGUGAAGAAAGAAGACUUCGUAAUUGACUCUGAAUACCUUACCACUUUGCUGGUAGUUGUACCCAAAAUAAACUACACUGAAUGGGAGAAAACCUAUGAAACCUUGGCCGAUAUGGUGGUCCCACGGUCCAGCAAAUUGAUUUAUGAUGAUAAUGACAGUGGUCUGUACAAUGUUACAUUGUUCAGGAAGGCUGUGGAUGACUUUCGACUCCAGGCCAGGGAAAACAAAUUUGUAGUUCGUGAAUUCCAGUACAAUGAGGAGGAACUGAAAGCGGAUAAGGAAGAGAUGACUCGACUUUCAACUGACAAAAAGAAACAGUUUGGCCCUUUGGUUCGUUGGCUGAAAGUUAACUUCAGUGAAGCUUUCAUUGCUUGGAUUCAUGUGAAAGCAUUACGGGUUUUUGUAGAAUCUGUUCUAAGAUACGGGUUGCCAGUAAAUUUCCAGGCAAUGCUUUUGCAACCCAGCAAGAAAAUGAUGAAGAAACUUCGAGAGGUGCUUUAUGAUCUUUACAAACACUUGGACAGCAGUGCUGCUUCUAUCAUUGAUGCAGCCAUAGACAUUCCAGGUCUAAAUCUAAGCCAGCAAGAAUACUACCCUUAUGUGUACUACAAGAUUGACUGCAAUCUGCUCGAGUUCAAAUAAAGAAAUGCUCAUUAUUCAACUUGUCCUUUAGGGUUACAGUAGAAUUGGACAGAUCCUGAUACUCCCCUUACUUUUCUUUAAACCUGAAUUAACCUGUGUUUGUGUAAUUAAGUCCAUUCCUGCAAGCUGUCUGCUGCUAUUACCCUUGAAAAUAUACCUAUGUUGAUGUACUUUUUACCAAUCAGGUAUUGAAUUAUGUGCUGCAAUAAUCUGAAUCUGUAUUUAUGAAAAUGUCAUUAUUUAAAACAAAAAAAAAUCUAAUUUGUGAAGUGCUGUGCAGUAAGCUGCAUUAGUUGUGAAUGUUCUUAAAGAACUUGUUUACAGCUAUACUCAUCGAGAGAGCGUGAAUCAUUUCAUUUGUUUAUAUGUAUUUGAUGCAUUGAAUUUUAAAUAGUCCCUGUUGUAACAAAUCGUGUUUAUUGAAAGUGUAUUUGUGGUGUCGUACAGAGUAUAUCUAAUGUUUUAAACAUGACUUCCAUUGUGCAAGCACUGUAUACUUUUCAUGAUUUAACCUGCCUACACAAAGUGGAAUAAAUGUCAUGACAAUUCA